GUUAUAGUUUGCGCCCGAAUUUUCGUGAAACCUUGGGCAGUCUAACACCUGGACCACGUUGCUACCCUCCCUGUUACCUUUGCCUUCCAAAGCUUCUGAUUAUUUUUCUGUUAUUUUCAGAGGACAAAAUCUUUUUUUUUUUUUUUUUUUUCUGGGUUAAUACUAAAACACAACUUUACGGUUGGAUCUCAUUCUUUAUACCCAAUUUUCUCGUGGGAAUCUCAUAACCAGUGAACUGGAUUCCCAUAAUGAUGGAGCGAGCAGAUUCUGCACAGAAGCUAUAUACACGUAUGCGGUUAUGGGAGUUUCCCGAUCAGUAUGUAAUUGAGCCCACCGAUGGCUCUUCAGGUGCAUCCUUGGCGGUUAGUCGGAUAGAUGGUUCACUGAGCUUGAUUGAGGAGCUUCCACAUUGCAAUUCUGUUCGGGUUCCUAAAAUCCGGACAAUUUUUGGUGUGGUUGGGAUGCUAAAGCUCGUGGCAGGAUCAUACUUGAUUGUUAUAACUGAACGUGAGUGUGUUGGAUCUUACUUGGGGCAUCCAAUCUACAAAAUUGUAUCCUUGAAAACUUUCCCUUGUGACCAUUCUCUGAAGAAUACUACUGCAGAACAGAAAAAGAUGGAGACUGAGUUUUCCGCACUGCUUAAUGUUGCAGAAAGAACUUGUGGUCUGUACUUCUCAUAUGACACGAAUUUAACCCUAAGUGUACAGCGAAUGCAUGAUUUAGGUGAUGAAUCUAAGUUACUCCCUCUUUGGAGACAGGCAGAACCUAGAUUUCUCUGGAACAAUUAUUUGUUGGAAGUGCUCAUAGAUAACAAGCUUGAUCCGUACUUGCUUCCUGUUGUCCAGGGGAGUUUUCAUAACUUUCAAGCAGCUAUUGGAAAAGAUAUUAUUGAUGUUACUCUUAUAGCUAGGAGAUGCACAAGGAGAAACGGCACUCGGAUGUGGAGAAGAGGGGCUGAUUCAGAUGGGUAUGUUGCAAACUUUGUGGAAACUGAGCAAAUUAUGCAGUUGAAUGGGUUUACAGCAUCAUUUGUGCAGGUCCGGGGCUCGAUUCCAUUGCUUUGGGAGCAAAUUGUUGAUUUGACAUAUAAGCCUAAGUUUGAGCUUGUGCGAGUAGAGGAAGCCGCCCGAGUAGCAGAGCGGCAUUUUCUGGAUUUAAGAAAAAAAUAUGGGAGUGUGUUAGCUGUUGAUCUUGUAAACAAGCAUGGAGGUGAGGGACGCUUAUGUGAUAAAUUCGCAAAUUCCAUGCAGAAUGUUACUAGCGAUGAUGUAAGAUAUCUGCACUUCGAUUUCCAUCACAUCUGUGGACAUGUUCAUUUUGAGCGCCUGUCUAUCCUUUAUGAACAAAUUGAAGAUUUCCUCGACAGAAAUGGGUACUUCUUGUUGAAUGAGAAAGAUGAGAAAAUGAAGGAACAGCUUGGAGUUGUAAGAACCAAUUGUAUUGAUUGCUUAGACCGUACAAAUGUUACACAGAGCAUGAUAGGUCGAAAAAUGUUGGAAACCCAACUUAGAAGGCUUGGUAUUUUUGGUGCUGAAGAAACUAUUAACUCACACCCAAACUUUGAUGACUGUUUUAAAAUCUUGUGGGCUAAUCAUGGCGAUGACAUAAGCAUUCAAUAUUCUGGGACUCCUGCUUUAAAAGGAGACUUUGUGAGAUGUGGCCAGCGGACAGUCCAAGGGAUUAUUAAUGAUGGAAAGAAUGCCCUUUUACGCUAUUAUUUGAAUAACUUCUCCGAUGGAAGAAAACAGGAUGCAAUUGAUCUCCUGCAAGGGCAUUACAUUGUUUCAGUCAGCAGAGAAAUGAAUCCAUCAUCUCAAAAAGGAGGCCUUGAGGCUGUAGCAUCAUUUCCACUGGCUUUAUCAUUUGUCCUGGCUGGGUUCUUUUUUGCCACCUUGUCACUGAGGCAGGUCCGGUAUGAUCUUAAGCACUUAUUCCUUUCGAUUAUGUGGGCAAGUCUUAGUGUGGGCUUAGCUGCAUUUGUGAGGGCCAACGGGCGGAUUUUCUGCAACAGACCUCGACUACACAAGCCUAGGCGUUGAUUUUGGGUUCAGAAAGCUCUGGUUAAUUCAAUUUUCCAAUAUAGUCUUCUCUACUUUCUGUUUAUUAUUUAAAUUCUUGCAGUAGCAGUCGCUCAUGAUCUUGAAUUCUUGAUCGGUUACGUAUGAAAAGUUAUACAAUCCAAUAUAAGCGAGCAUUGCUUACCAACAUUAUCA